AAACGUGUGUUACGAUAUACCCACCGCAACAGUAUUAUUUGCAAUGUAUUUAUAUAGGAACAAUAAUCAAGGAAAAUAAUAAUGGCUUUCAAUAACGGGGAUUUGUGUAAAAUAAUGGUAUUAGAUGGCGGUUUUUCAACACAACUAGCUAAAUAUGUAGGAUUAGGAAUCGACAGUGAUCCUUUGUGGAGUGCUAGGUACAACUCCACAAGACCUAGCGAUGUUAGACAAGCUCAUUUGGAUUACCUCAGAGCUGGAGCAGACAUUAUUUCCACAAAUACCUACCAAGUCAGUAUUAAAGGAUAUAUGGAGCAUUUAGGAUUGACUCAUCAGGAAUCAAUAGAUUUGAUAAAUUCUGCUAUUAAAUUAGCAUUUGAGGCUCAAGAAUUAUAUAAAAAAGAAAGCUUGUCCCAUGGUGAGAGUAAAGGAAAAAUGCCGAUAAUAAUGGGAUCAGUAGGACCUUAUGGAGCUCAUCUUCAUGAUGGCUCUGAAUAUAGUGGUACCUAUGCAAAAACGAUUACCAAAGAGGAACUGCAAGCAUGGCACAGACCACAAAUAGAAGUACUUCUAAACGCUGGUGUUGAUGGUUUGGCGAUCGAAACCAUUCCUUGUCAGAUAGAAGCUGAAGCAGUGAUCGACUUAAUAAUAAACGAGCACCCUGGUACAAAAGCAUGGUUGAGCUUCCAGUGUAAAAAUGAAUUAAGUUUAGCUAGUGGUGAAAGUUUUCGUGAAGCAGCACUAAGUUGUUGGAAAAAAGCUUUGGCCACAAAUACAUUGGUUGCAAUUGGUGCAAAUUGUGUUCAUCCUAAGUACGUUAGUGGAUUGUUUAAGUAUCUUAAUCACGACCAAAAAUCUAAAAUUCCGUUGGUAGUCUAUCCUAAUAGCAGCGAGGAAUACACCCCCAACGAAGGGUGGACAAGAAAAGAACAGUGCCCACCUAUCCAAGAUUUUCUAACCUCCUGGAUUGAUUUGGGAGUAAAAUUUAUUGGAGGAUGUUGUCGAACUGAUGAUGAAGUUAUUCGAAAUAUCAGAAAAGCGGUAGAUAGUAUAAACCGAAGUUAA